AUGGCAUGGCGUGCGGCGACGACUGCAGCCCUCCGGCAGUGCGAGACCGGCAACGCGCCGCCGGGGACGGUGGCGCAGGUGAGCGUGGGCGGGCUGGCGGUGUACAGCGUGAGCCUGGUGGACGGGUUCAACGUGCCCAUGGUGGUGACGCCGCACGACUUCGCGGCGGGGGCGCAGUGCCCGACGCUGGGGUGCGCCGUGGACCUCACCCAGGACCAGGAGUGCUGCCCCGCCGGCGCCGGGGCGCCCCAGGGCAGCUGCGGACCCGGGGGCACGCAAGCGGCGCUGUUCAAGGCCAAGUGUCCCGACACGAGGACAACCUCGACGGACAUCGAGGCAACGCCGCAGGACUGCAUCGCGCCCGGCGAGCUCAAGGUCGUCUUCUGCCCGGCACGGACUGCACGGCCAGUUGUAACUAGCUAG